CAUCACCUGCACUUUCUCCAUUGCACACACUUACAUUAAUAGAGAGAAGCUUUUAUAUAUGGUCGUCAACAUGUUCAGGAAAUCACUAGGCUUCUUCUUCUUGCUCCUUCUCCUUGUCUUUGCCUCUCAGGUGGUGGUGCAGACUGAGGGAAGAUUGUGUGAGUCACAGAGCCACGGGUUCAAAGGUGCAUGCACAAGUGACCACAACUGUGCUCUGGUUUGCAGGAACGAAGGUUUCUCCGGCGGCAACUGCAAAGGGUUCCGCCGCCGCUGCUUUUGCACCAAGAUUUGUUGAGAUAUGAUCAAACCACCGCUGCAUGCAUGUUGCCGUGGAAAUAACAAUAAAUCACAUGUCAAGUAAAUUGUACUCUUUAUCCAUUUGGAAGCUACCACAACCAACUCAUGUAGCUUAUGCAUUUGCUUACGUGUCAACUGUUCGGGUUAAAUUAUAUUUAUAAUUAAUGCAUGCACUUUAAUUAAGUACCCAUGUUUGGUCAAA